AUGGUACGGUCGAGACAGUUUACUCUGGCGCCUGUCUCUGCUGCAGGCGGACUGGUCGGGCUCGGGCGGCCACUUGUGGACCACGGGGCCGAGGAGCUCCCUUUCGAUCUCAGUUUGUACGCGGUCGCGGGUCGCCUCUUCGAUGCGCUCGCGGUCAUCGUGGAGAGGCACCACCUGUUGCGGUUGAUCCGCAAGUUGUGUGCGGUGGCGGAUGUUGGCACGCGCGAAAGUAUUGCAUGGAGGGGGUCUGCAGUUGUGAGCUUGCGAAGCGGCGAGGCAUCCAGCCACCCGUUGAGCAGGCAGUCGGGCGUCCUGUCGCUCCUGUAG